CAAAAGAACUAAGAUGGAAAGUUCUUCAGGUUCUAGCGAAAUCAUGUUUGCAUUGGACGCAGCGAAACGCGCCAGGCACGAAGAAAAUGUUCACAAGUUCAAAGGCGUUGUGCCUCAACAAAAUGGUAACUGGGGUGCACAAAUAUAUGCAAACCACCAAAGAAUCUGGUUAGGGACAUUCAAAUCCGAAAGAGAGGCUGCAAUGGCUUACGACAGCGCCACCAUAAAACUCAGAAGCGGAGAAUGCCACAGAAACUUUCCAUGGAACGAUCAAACAGUUCAAGAGCCUAAGUUUCAAAGCCAUUACAGCGCAGAAACAGUGCUUAGCAUGAUCAGAGAUGGCACCUACCCUUCAAACUUUGCCACGUUUCUCAGCACUCACCAACCCCAGCAAAGCCUUGCAAAACACAUAAGUUUGAAGGGUGAUGAACAGUUUUGCUGCACCCAACUUUUUCAGAAGGAAUUAACACCAAGUGAUGUGGGGAAGCUGAACAGGCUUGUGAUCCCUAAGAAACACGCGGUUACGUAUUUUCCUUACGCGAAUGAUGAGAGUGUUGACAUGGAGGUUGUGUUUUACGACAAACUGAUGCGGUUGUGGAAGUUUCGCUACUGCUAUUGGAAGAGCAGCCAAAGUUACGUGUUCACUAGAGGCUGGAACCGCUUUGUCAAGGAUAGGAAAUUGAAGGCUAAAGAUGUGGUUGCUUUUUUUAUCUGUGAACCUAUGAGUUGGGCAAAGGGAGAAGCGUUUUCAAUGAUCGAUGUAGUCUAUAAUAAUAAUAAUAAUAAUAAUAAUAAUGCAGUAGAUCAUGAGAGAAGCCAGUGUUUUGGAGAGAGCAAGAAAGACACCAAACAAAUUUUAGGAUGUGAAGAUGAAGAUGAAGAUGAAGAUGAAGAUGAAGAUGAGAAUGAAAAUAGGGAUGGAAACAUUGGAAAGGAUUUGAGUUCACAAAAGGGUUUGAGGCUCUUUGGUGUGUGUAUCUCCUGA